CUCACCAUUCUUUUCCACACUCUUUCUCACAUUUUUCUGUCCCUCCUUCCUCUGCCUCAAUGUUUUGCAAUAACUUCUUUUUUUUCUCUUUUGCUUGCAAAAUUAUAAGAUCAGACGCAGGGGAACAAUUCAGUGGCGCCAAAGAUACAGUGUCUGAUGUGUUUCUGUGAAAACAGCCAGUGGGGAGACCUUAAUCUCUGAAUUCUCCUUGGGUUCUUUUCGGCAGAGGUGAGUGACUUGACUGGACUUCUUUGGGGGUCUUCUCUGUAGGUCAAUUCUUGGCGCCAGUUCGUCUGUGAUACGGAGUGUAGUGGAUGCUAAUGCUUUCUUUAAGUGUUCAAGAUUUGGACAUUUGGAGCUGGGUAUUUUCCACAAAUCCGGGGCCCUCAGAAAGGGCAAAACCCCAUUCGGGUGAUCUUCUCACACACAAAAACUGUAAGCUGAGCUCAGUUUGAGCAAUUUGCGGUUUGUGUCUCGGAUGCUGUCACACAACUUGUCAAAAAUCGCCCAAAUGUCAGAGUGAGCAGUCGCUGGCUGUGCGUGUAAAAUUUAUUAAUCACAAUUAUAAUCGAAAAGUAAUUGGCAACUGAUCUGCGCUCUCCCGGCACAGGAAUGACCGUGAUGGCAGCAGUUUCAGCGUCGGAGAUCAGCGAUAACGCGAAACUGGCCCGUGAAAUGGCUCUGAUUGGAAAUUAUGACUCGGCUGGCAUUUACUACGAAGGUGUCCUCCAAAUGGUUCAGCAGUUGGUGCUGGGUCUGGCCGAUCCCGUGCGCAAGGGAAAGUGGACUUUGAUUCAGCAGCAACUGUCCAAGGAGUACAGUGAGGUAAAAUCCAUUCAGAGGACACUGACUGAGAUAAGUAUUGACCUCCAGAAUACACCGCUCAAGACCAAGCUUCGUGUGCCGACAACAGAAGUGGCUGCCAAGGAUCCAUCAUCGUGGUUUCGUCCAGAUCCGGAUAUUUGGAUGCCACCGUCCCAUCGUGACCCAGACGUAUGGCCACCGCCAACGCCUCUGGACUCAAGAUCCGGUGGACAAUCCAGGCAGCAGCAGAAGGGACGGAAGCCGGAAACAUCAAGGAAAACAAUGUCGAGACCAGGAACGACGGCUAAAAAGGGUCAAGAUGGUGGAAAGGGUGCUGCUGGUGGGAAGGGAGUAAAUGGGAAGGUAUCAGGAAGGGAGAGUCGACGAGCCACUGGAAAUCCAAUAGAGAAGGGUGAAAAGGGUGAGAAGAGUGACAAGAGUCCUGAUGAAGAGGCGAAGGAAGAAGAACCGCCAGAGGAGGAACGUAAAUUUGAGCCGGCCAGCCAUGCCGAUGUGGAUCUUGUGGAUAUGCUAGAAAGGGAUAUUCUACAGAAGAAUCCCAAUAUACGAUGGGAUGAUAUUGCUGAUCUGGUGGAGGCAAAGAGACUCCUGGAGGAGGCUGUAGUAUUGCCAAUGUGGAUGCCAGACUACUUUAAAGGUAUUCGACGACCGUGGAAAGGUGUCCUGAUGGUAGGACCACCGGGAACGGGAAAAACGAUGCUGGCUAAGGCUGUAGCUACAGAAUGUGGUACGACAUUCUUCAAUGUCUCCUCGUCAACACUCACAUCCAAGUACCGUGGUGAAUCUGAGAAAUUGGUACGUCUGCUAUUUGAGAUGGCACGUUUCUAUGCACCAAGCACAAUUUUCAUCGAUGAAAUUGAUUCACUGUGCUCUCGACGUGGUUCAGAGUCUGAGCAUGAGGCAUCACGGAGGGUAAAGUCAGAAUUGCUGGUACAGAUGGAUGGGAUAAGUAGUGAUGAGGCGACUAAAGUUGUCAUGGUACUGGCUGCCACAAACUUUCCAUGGGACAUCGAUGAGGCCCUGAGAAGGCGCCUCGAGAAACGUAUCUAUAUUCCACUGCCCAAUGACGAUGGCCGAGAGGCAUUGCUGAAGAUUAAUUUGCGUGAGGUGCAAUUGGAUCCGUCUGUGGAUCUUAAAAGUAUCGCCCGGAAAUUGCAGGGAUACUCUGGGGCUGACAUUACAAAUGUUUGCAGGGAUGCCAGCAUGAUGUCUAUGCGACGAAAAAUUGCUGGUCUGAAGCCUGAACAGAUUAAAUUACUGGCGAAGGAGGAGGUUGAUUUGCCAGUGUCUACGAAAGAUUUCAUCGAAGCCAUCAGUAAGUGCAACAAGAGUGUUUCGAAGCACGAUCUGGAGAAGUAUGAGCAGUGGAUGAGGGAAUUUGGCUCUUCCUGAUGAACUCCUCCAUUCUCAAGUCAACAUCUAAAAUAAAAAACAACUUCCAUGCCCCAUCCCCUCGGACAUUGACCCCCAAAAACUAACAACCUCCCCCGGAUUUAACCGUUUCUCCGUGCAAUCGAAUUUUUACAUCUCUUUAAUUUAUUCUUGAGAGACAUGACGACAAACGGCCAUUUUCUUCCACAGUUGGUCACAAUUUCCAACUUGUGAUUUGUGUACUUAAAUGAUACUGAAUUUAAUAAAAAAAAAUUGCUAAUGAAAA